AGCGGAAAAACCUAAGUCUAAGUACAUCCUUGAUUCUGGACAACCAAAACCUCCUCCAUUACCUACUCUCGUUUUUCUAGAUCCUCAACGUGAACUAGGACUUAGUUUUUUUUCUUCAUAAGUUCGUAACCAGCAACCAAUCAAUUAUCUAACCUGUUUUGUGUAAUCCAAUUCAUUUUUUUCUACAUCGAUCGAAGCCUGCAACUUCAUCUUUAUCGAAACCCUCGAAAACGAACUCCUAAUCUUCUUGAAAAAAUUCGUCGUUCUCAAAGCCCUAGAAUUUUCUCUCUCGAAACCCCUGGCAAACAAACUCGGAUCUUUUUCUCUCAGUUUAUGGUACUUCUGGUUUGAUUUUCGCAACAUCUUAUACCGCUAAUGUUAGUGGUUGUAGUCAAGAAGAUCCAUAAUCGGAAGGAAAAGCUACCCUCAACGCAAAGCUGAAUUGGUAUGUGCAUACAUAGCAGGAACGCGGCUUAGGAAUGGGCACAGAAGGGAGAAGACAAGGGUUUAAGAGAUUAGCAAUAUCAGACCAACAAAGGAGAAGAGAAGUAGCAUUACUUCGUCAAUCUCAACAAAGAAGAGAUUCUCAAAAUCAAGCUCGUUCUUUAGCUUCUUCUGUUAUUUCUCUUCCAACCCCAUCUCAACAUAAUAAUCAACAACAAGAAGAACAACCCAUUCAUGAAGAAUUAGAAGAACCAGAAGCUGAAUCGUCAUCAUCAACUAGGGAUUUUGAUGUACUUGGAGCUUCUAAACUUAAAGGAGCUGAAGCGCGUAAAUGGUUUUCUUGUCAACUUAUGCUUCCUGAAUGGAUGAUUGAUAUCCCUCCUCGUUUAAAUCAUGAUUGGUAUGUUUACGCAAGACCAUCUGGUAAACGAUGCUUUGUGGUUUCUUCUGAUGGAACAACAGUUAGUAGGCUUCGCAAUGGUUCGAUCUUACAUCAUUUCCCAUCUGCCUUGCCAAAUGGAGCCAGGACAAGGGAUAAUUCUGGUUCUGCGCAGUCUUAUUGUCUCCUGGACUGCAUAUUUCAUGAGCAUGAUCAAACUUACUACGUGAUUGAUAUGAUUUGUUGGAAAGGUUAUUCGUUAUACGACUGCACUGCUGAGUUCAGAUAUUUUUGGUUGAACUCCAAGCUUGUGGAGACUGGGGCUUGUAAUACACCGUCAAUGUAUCAUAAAUAUAAAUUCAGUGUUGUUCCCAUCUAUAACUGUGAGCAGAUGGGUUUGCAGACAGCAUAUCUGGGUACUGUACCAUAUGUCAAAGAUGGACUGUCGUUUUACAACAAGCAUGCCCAUUAUCAUACAGGAACUACACCACUAGCAUUAGUCUGGAAAGAUGAGAAUUGUAGCCAAUACGUAAUUGACACAGAUAGUAACGGACAAAUUCCUCCUCAUCAACAGGUGGUUUUGGUCUUGAAUGAAGAUGGAAGUCUUACUACAUCAGAUGAUCCUCCCAUUGUCUUUGGGUGCUUAAGUCACGAGUUUAUCCUAAAGUCUGAUCUUAAACCAGGAAAUUUUCUGCGUUUUACAAUUGGUGAUGGAGGCAUGUCUUUUGUUGAUGGUAAACUUGAAAGGGCUGAUUUACACUACACCAACCAAGCUCACCGUGCACGUGCUUCUGCAGACAGUUAUUCUAAGAUCCUGUUUCAGUACACUGCCCGGCAUUCUCCCUUAAAAAUCGAAGACCUAGUUGCAUCCCUGGGUUGCUCGGAGGAUGUAAUGGAGGAAGCCAAAGAUGUGGAGAUGAUCGGAUGACAAAGAUGCAAUGGCGGGUGUCAUUUUUUUUUACCAGCCAUACCUCCAUGUUGUAUUUACAAUACCCUUGUAGAUAACAGGGUGUCUCUCCAGUUACUACUUUUUUUUUUGAAGCAAUCUCUCCAGUUACUGUCAGAGAAGGAAGGACUAACUUUUGAAGAAAAGAAUCUGUAAUGUAAAAAAAUUGAGUGUUUUAAAUAUCUUCAAUUGAAAUCGGUGCUUCCUCAUUUUAGGAAAUCAUCUCUAAUUAUCUAUACAAGUUGUUCCGUUGGGAGACAUUAAUUGGCACUAACAUGAUGUCCUUACCGUAAUUUUGUGCAUCUAGUUUUUAGUUUUCUGAUUUUGUUUUGCUGCAGGCAUACAAUCUCUUGAUGAAUUUUGAAGAACCUUUAAAAGAAUAUGUUCGACUAGUCCAUUCUAUCAAGGUGAAUUGGUUCUUUCAGUUUCUUUAAACCGGACCAUCUAAACAAUCGGCCACCAUGGGAGAGUGAGCCAAUGCUUUCAAGCACCAAUGCGAACUGGCUGAAACAAUGAAACUGAAGGAGAUAAACCUUGACAAACUGAUGCUAACUCGAUCAGACAAGGUAGGAGAAGCAGAAAUUGAAUAUCACGAAUUGAAGGCAGAGGGUGAAGAAGCAACAAGAAAAUUUGAGACGAUAGUGCGGCUAAUGAGUGAAGAGAUUGUUCGUUUUCAAGAGCAAAAGACGUUAGAUUUGGGCCUUGCUUUCCAUGAACUUGCUGAAGGCCAGGCGCAUCUUGCAAAUGAGAUCGCUAUAUGGCUAGCGUAGUCUCCUACCUAAGCUGGAAGCUUGUAGUCUCCCACACAGACAUGAUUUUCAGUGAUAAAAGUACCUACGAAUUGUAAUGAAAACAAAUGAAACACAAAUCUCGAGUUAUUCAGUUCUCAUUGUAAUUUUGAAUUCAGUACAGGUUUAAUAAAACUCGAAUCUGUUGAACUGUCGGUUACAGUGGAAGCCUCACAGUGAGGAACCUUUCUUCGAAAGUCUGGAAAUGAUUUUACUCA